UGCGACUUUAGUUCCUUUGUUGGCUGGAAGCUCCAAAAUUAUCCGUCUUUUCUCUUUGAACUUAGGAUUCGCCCGUUCUUUUUUAUUUUAGAGUUAAAUGCACAGUUCCGAAACGUUUUUUUCCGACUAGCUGAAGCUCGAAAGCUUUUCCGAUCGCUGUUGCCCGUGAGUUCUGCAAUUUUCGCAGUGCUCAAGCAUGGACGAGAUUUUCUCAUUCAUUCUCACCACGUGUUAAAGUUUGUCCGUAAAAAAGGUUAAAAAAUCAACGAAGAGCACAAAAUUUAGAGCCACUUCGAAAGGAUGGAAAGUUUAGUGUUCGAGGUAGCUCGGAAAAACUCCAAAACGUGCCAAAUCGAAGGAUGUCAUGAAAUUACAGUUGGUUCCAGAACGGCCUUGUGCCGAAAGCACCGCAACAAUAGAUACAAACAAAAUUACAAGAAGAAAAAACGCAAGGCCCAAGGAUCUGAGGUAAGUUUUAAAUCACUCUGCUGUUUUUAAGAUUAUCUUUAAGGACUGCUCUUCACAUGUGUGAAUUUUGAUUUAGAUAAAAUAGCAUUUUUGGUAAAUAACUUCUGGGCACAAGUCACAUGUCUUUGUGAAGCACAUUUCCAUUUUUCAUUCUGUAUUGUUUUAGCACCAAUAAGCAUCUUAUACUUUUCAUUCAAAGGUGGUAUUUUACAGGUUUCGUAGGUUGCCUAAGUUCAUUAAACAUUGAUGAAUCUAACUGGUAUUUGCGAACUGUUCAUAUAUUGAGGAAUGUACCGAGAAUAUUAAAUAUCCUUGUAUUAUUCCGGAAUGGAAAUUCCAAACUUCUAAUUUCAAUCGCGCUUCUGUUAUUCUCUUCUCAUAUUCAUCGUGUUCAGAUUUCAAAUGCUCUGGAGUUAUUUUGAGUAUAUAAGAGUAAAUGAUCAUUUCAUAGAUAGUCGCCACUUGGGCCAUAUGUUUCCUUUGAUGCAGAUAGAACCUUUUAUUGAAUCAAAUUGCAAAGACUUAUUAUCAUAACUAAGAUUGCUGCGUUGUCAAAUAAAGUUUUGUAAAAGUCAGUUUUAGCUUCGUCUGCUUCAAAGUAAAACGUAAUUUUCAAAUGUGUCAAAUUUCAUUUGCUUCCUGUGCGUUUGAGUUUUCAAAUCCUUGUAUCUUUACAUCAAAGAGUUGAAAUAUAAAUUUAUUUUUGUGUUGAGUUGAUAUUUAAAAUAUUUUCGUUGGCCAAGAGUUGUCUUGUGCAUCUAAAUAUUUUAAGUAGUUAACCUCCCCACCCAUAAGAAAAUGCGCACCCACUUGAUGGAUCUCUAGACAGGUUGCCUUUGUUCAGCAAUUUAACCAGUGUGUCAUUGAAUUUUUUUAACCAAAGAAAAACCUUUCACAGGGAGAGACUUGUAGGACUUAUGUGAGUGUUUGCUCAAUAAAGCUGUGCUCUCAACUCUUUCAUUCCCAAGAUCUCAUUAGCAAUUCUUCCUACUGUCUGCCAUAAAAUUCUUAUGAUUUCAAUGCAGAGAAUUUGGUAUUGAAUCAACUUGUAGUCAACCAAUUCAGUUUUCUUCCUUAUUCUCCUCACUGUUCUGCUUGAUUCUGUCCUGACAUUGUGAGGAGAAAUUCUGUCUUGGUCACUCAUGAGAGUUUAAGGGUUAACUCUUUCACUUCCCAGAUCUAAAUAUGAAUUCUCUGCAUUGUGUGCUAUACUCUUUGGUGUAAUGUUGGCUUUGAGAAUUAAUAUAAUGUCAAACAAUAUCCAUUUGUUUUUCUCAUUCUUUCUUCUCACUACCUUUCUGCCCAAAACUGUGUUGAUAUUGUAAGGAGAAAUUAGCUUUAGGUCACUCAUGGAAAAAGAGGGUAAGCACUGGUGAAUUUUGCAGAAAAAGAGGAAAAGGAAUUGCACACCAAUACUGGUGUUGACUUAGUAUAGGACCUGCCCUUUACAAGUUCAGUGUUUUUCACAUUGAUAUAGGCUAUUUGGAGGAUGGCAAAGAAAGUUGUUAAGCUCAAAAUUGAUGCGCAAUGCAUGAAUUUUUACAGAAAGACAAAGUUUACAUAUUCUCUAUACUCUUCUCUUUAUUUCAUAAGGUGGUGAUAAGGAGAAUUUGUUUAACAAUCAAGAGCUUCUUUAGUUGGUGAUAAUUGCCAUUAUUCUUGAGCCUUUAAUUGGGAUUUAAGGGUGAUAUUAUAGGCAGAACUUAGAUGUUAGUCACUCUUGGGAAUCAAAAGAUUAAUGCUUGAGUUCAGUCCAUAGAUCAUGACUCAGCUGAAUGUUUAGUGUUUCAUCCUCCCACUCAGAUGAUACAAAUUUCACGAUGUGAUCUUCAUUUUUUCUCUCUCAUCCUUUUUUCAUAGAGCCAUGCAAUUUUUUUCAGUCUUCCUUACACCAUCAUGUAUGCUCCUCCAAGAAGAUCUUUUUUACAAUGUUUUUUUUAUAAUAGGAUGUAUAGAAGUGUACACCUUAUGUAAUAAUAGAAGUCAUUUUAUUUAUCAGGAAAUACAGAGUGAGUCUAUCGAAAACCAACUUGCAGAAGAAAAAUGUUUGAUGGAACAGAAGUAUGCCAGUAUGCUGCAACAAGUGUUAGCUCAGAAGCAGUUGGUAAGCAAUCAUGGAAUAAUUCACCCUUCUCUUUAGUAACCAAACCAUCAUAGGAUAAUCUUAUGUUUUGAGUGCUUUCUUUGCUCCUUUACCCCUGAUUAUUAAAUCUCCCCUCCAGUUGCUAUCCAUUCCCUUGUAAAUUAGUUUCAAGAAAUUGGUGUUUAAUCAAGAUAAUAACUUCCACCUGAUAAUUUUGAGUACCAGUGUUCUCAUUACCUGUUUGUUGGAUAAUGUAUGGAUGUUACAGGGAGAAGUUACAUGCUAAUCACUGCCAGGAGUUAAAGGAUUGAUUUGUUGUAAUCAAUGCUGACAAUCCAAAACCCCAGUUAUCUUUGAUUAUGGAACCAAUGAUCUCAUCACUCUGUAUUAGUAUUAACUAUAAAUUUAACUUUCCAAGGAAUUGUUACAAUCUGAAAAAGUGAUCCAGGUUUUAAGAGCCCAUCAAAGGAGAGUUAAAGAAGAAAAAAUAAAGGAAAUUCAAGAAAGGAAAGAGAAGAAAGAACAUGAGCCACCCAAAGAAACUUUAGAUCUACGUAAGUGUAAAAUUGAUUUUUUUUGAAGGACCUAAAGAGACACCGCCCAAAAUCUCAAGCCGAAACAGGGAGAGGCUGUUUCAACUUAUUUUCAUGUUUCCAAAUAAGUUACAGCACUACAUUUCCUUACUUUAAUUGUGUAUAAAAAUUCAAACCACUGUAACAACUUGCUUUAAGGGAAAUUUUCUGCUGCUAGGUCAAAUAUUUGCACACUCAGAAAUUCUCUAGGCAUCCCAUAAGCUGUUGCUACAGCCUGUGCCAAGAUGUUUUGCACAGAGAAUUGUCACUUAGGGUGACCAGGCUAUAUAAAACAGUCUAUCACAUGACACAUACAGAAGGUAAGGCUUAAAGGAUCUGAAUUUUGAGUCACAACCUGUGGUUUUUACAUGAGUAAGAAUUCAUGUGCAAGAGAGUUCAUGUACUCAGAAGGCUGUGUUGAAGUAGUGUCAUAAUCUGUAACUCAGUAACAAAAGCAUUCAUAUUUGAGAAACAUAUUUUGACUGGUUCUUGUUGCCUGAUCAUUGUUAUGGCUUUUACGGCGAUUCAUGCAACAUUUCAAGACUUCUUCUUGGACAACAAAGGACGAAGAGGCAAUUUUCACUAACUCCUUAACCCCCAAGAGAGACUAACACCUAAUUCCUCCUCACAAUAUUAGCCUGAAUAAAAAUGCGAAGGUCAUAAGAUUAUACAAAAUGAUCAAAAAUUAAAGGACCUGUUAAUUGUUAAGCAAAUUCCCUUUGUCAGCACCUGAUGAAAUGUAUAGAGACCAGUGUGGAAAAUAUGCACACUGAUGUCAGGGUGUACAGGAUUAAAGAAAGGUGCAGAGCAUGAGAAAUAUUUUCUGAAAAAGUGUGUCUUUCCUUGACUUCAGACAAUGAAAACUAAGUUGUAUAAAUGUUACAGCCUGCCAAAUUGACCACUUAAGCUGCAAGUUUAGUUGCCAAAUUUUUUUGUAUUCUCCAUGGCAGCCAUAACAGUCGUAGUUUCAAGAACUGAGUGAAGAGAGAUCCAGACAAAAACACACUUUUUUACCUUAAAUAAUUGGGAACUGCACUUUUUUAUACCUAGGUAUGCCACUUAGUGGUUUGGUUAAAGAUGGCUCAGUCACAGAGAAAAGUCCUUCCAAGGCAUUUAAAACUACCAAGAACUCUGGUAAAACAAAUCAGAGCAAGAAGAACUCUAAUAAGGGAUCACCCUCUAAAGAUGCUCGUCUAGGAAAUAAUCUUUCUUUCUCAAGACACAUGGAAAAUGUUUCAACACCCCCUUUGCCAGAUUUAGUACCAGCAGGAAUAAGUGUUCCACCUUACUUAGGAAACAGGAAUGGAAACUUUGCAGGACAAAACCCAUAUGGUGCCACUGGCUCACCACAGCUGACUCCAAUCCAACCUGCCAUUAUGUCACCUCAGCGGAUUCCUAAGAUUGAAAAAGUAUUUAGUUACCAGCCAGCAAUGAGCACUGUUAGUAAUUCCUCCAAAGUUUGCAUGGAUGCUGCUGUUAAAGACCUUUCUCCAGGAAAUCAUGGAAAAGGUUCUGCAGUCCCCUCCAAUCAACCAAGGCCAGCUCCUGGUGCAAUUUCCCAGCACUCAAACACAGAUAUGAACAAUUUUAUUCUUCUUAACUCCAAAGCUGUUCAUAGUACUCAAGCCAGACUACUGCAGAAUUUACUGCCAUACCCAACAGUCCAAAAUAGCAUUCCAAGUAGUACAAAUAUCACCUCUCAAGCAGGGCAAACAAGGCCAUCUUUUCAAAAUAUGUUGACACCAUGCUCAUCUACAUCUGUAUCAACUGGAGGAAGCGGUGCAGGGAUGCUGCACCAAAGUCAGAUGAGUUUUCCAAUCACAAACUUUAGCCAGGCAAUGUCAAUGCCAAAUAACAGUCAGAUUGUAACUACAGGAACAUGUACACAAUCUCACCUAACAAGCCAGGUAAGGUUCAAGGAGCAGUCUUGUUUUUUGUUGUUUUUUUUUUCUUUCAGUAAAUAACUGUUUUGGGAUGUGACGUGUUUUAUCAACUCUUUAACUACUGGAAGUGAUUAACAUGUAACUUCUCCCUAUAAUAUCUCCACAUUAUCCAGCAAGCAAGCAAUGAGAAUACUCAAACUUAUCAGAUAGAACUUUCUAUCUUGAUCUAACACAAAAUUCUCCUUACCAAUUUAAAAGAAAUGCAUAGCAAUCAGAGGGGAGAAUUUACAAUCACAUCUUGGGAGUUAAGAAGUUGAUAUUAAAAGAGUUACUGAUGUUUAGCAAACUGAAAAAACUUUUUGAAAGAUCCUCGUUAAAUCCUUAAAUGAAGGAUCCUUGAAAAGAACUUUGUGAGGAUCCUUAUGAGGAUCUUUGUAAUAUCCUUUAAGGAUCUUUAUCAAAUCCUUGAAGAUCUUAACAAACAUUUUUGCUCAGAAAGAUCUUUGAGGAUCUUUUACAGAUUCUUUAAAGAUUCUUGAAAGAUCCUUCUCCUUAAGGAUCUUUGGCAGGUCUUUGACAAUCCUUGAAGAUCCUCAAAGAUCCUGUGAGGUUUUUCACCAGGAACGACAAGAGACAGUUGAUUGCUAAAAACAAUGCAAUGCAAAUCAAACUUUGAGAUUCUUGAGUUAUGGUUCAUUUCCCUCUGAAAGAGAAAAGAGAGAACAAAGAACAAUUUCAGAGGGUUCUUUUGAUAAUUUAGAUUACCACUGUCAAGAGGUGCAUUUUUUCCUCAGAUUUUCAGUGAACAAUCUGAUCACAUUGUUCAUUUGACAUAUGACAAUAUUUUCUAUUUAUGUAUUUAUUUAAGUAACUUGACAAACUUAUCCAAAUUUUGAACUUUUUAUAGUACGCUUUAAAAUUAAUUCACAUACAGUCAAAUACUGUAGAUAAAAAAAAAACAAAUAAGCAUACAAAGAAAUAAAGGAAUAAUACAAGAGUGUAAUAACCUCAGCUUAUUUUUUACUCAAGGAGAUGAUUAGUAAUAUGGUGGCUGAAUGAUUAGUACACAGAACUCAGGUUGCAGAGGUCUGGGUUCGAUAGCUGGCCAGGUCAUUGUGUUGGGUUCUUGAGCAAAACACUUUACAUUCAUUGUGUCUCUUGCCACCCAGGAGUACAAAUAGGUCGGUUGAAUUGUCAGGAAAGCCUGAUGAAAUGCUGACAGGGGGGAAGGGGUGGUGGGGUAACCUUGCAAUGAACUGACAUCCCAUCCAGAGGGGGGAAUGCUCCUGGUCACUUUAUGCCAAGGAAGGUGGGAUAAGCUAGGGCUGGAUGGGCCACUUAGUUCAACUGUACCUUUUACCUUAUUUUCUGUUUUGCUUUGACUGAGUAGGUUGAUGUAUCACAAAACUGGUCAAACCAGAUGGCACAGGGAAGGCUGCAGACUCCUUCAGUGCAGGAUGACUUCCUGCUUCAGAUGCUUCAGGUAAAUGAAUUGCAUCUAUUUUUGUGUAACAUGUUCAUUCGUUUGCAAGUAUUUUAACUCUAAGAUUAGCAAACAGAAGCAAGUUUUUGAAAAGGCUUCAUUGCUGCUCCAUGACUGAACUGAAUGUUUUGAAAAAUAAGGUCUUAGAUUCUAAAUAUAGGCAUCUUUUUUGAGCCUUAGGUUUUGUUACUGUCAUAGGUAAGACUUUUCCACAACAGAGCUUCCAUGGCUUUAGUUAUUAAUAAUACUUCAAAGUGGGUAAUAGUGUCCUAUAUGAACAAUGUUACAGAAUUAUUUGGGGCACCCACAGUCUACUACUCAUCUAAGGAAAGUAAAUAGGUAGAGCCAGCUCAUGAACCAAUAGGAUCUGAACAUCUGUUAACCCUUUAACUCUCAAGAUCAAAUGAUUAAUUCUCCCUUCAAGGUGCUACACAUUUCCUUGUAAAGUAGUAAUGAGAAUUUGGUGUCAGAUCAAGAUAACUUCUAUGUGAUGAAUUUGAAUAUUCUCAUUACCUAUUUGCUGGAUAAUGUAAGGAUAAUGUAGGGAGAAGUUACAUGUUGAUCACUUCUGGGAGUUAAAUGAUUAACAUUAGCUUAUUCCCCUUUGACCAGGAGUACUGUGACCAAGUAAGAUGCAAGUCCAUUUCUAGGUUACCUCACAGCAUUUUGCUAAGUUUCCUUCAUAAUUGUUGGUUCUAAUUUGUAAAUCCAAGUGAAGAGAGAUGCUGUAAGAAUCACGAGAGCACAAAAUAGUGAUUAGCUCAGAGCUUACACUGAUAUGUAAGCCCAUUGGACUCCAGAUCGAAGGUCAGGAGUCCAGUGGGCAAAUUGCAAGGCUGUUGCAUAGGUACCUUAUUUUUCUCUUUAGGGUGACAAUAAAAAACAUUGCAAUUUAGCUUAAAAUUUUCUCUUUCAGGAAAACAAAGAGCAGCAAGUCCAACUUGGUGCCCAGUCCCAAACAAACAGUGGGUUGUCCAGUAUAGAUCACGUGAUACCUGAUUCCUCUUGGGCUGCAAUGACCAUUGGGAUAUGACAGCAUGAGGCGUGGCUACGUAGUCUAUUCAUGCUCAAUCCUUGUGUUCCAAUUUUCUGUACCUCUCAACAUAAGUUUUAUACUUUUUUAUUCAUCUUCCCUUACGCUGAAGUCGUUACAUAUUACAACUACGUUUUGAGCCUAGGAAUCGUGUUAAUUAUUUUAUAUGUUCAGAGCCAAUAUUCUUUCACUGUGUUUUGUGUUCAAAGGUUGCUUAUAAGGAAGAAAACAGCGAGAACUAUGCCACGUCUUCUGAAAAAAAAACCAACCAAACUAACACGAUGUAUUGGGUGCAUUUCGAAAAAGUGUCAAUAAAUCAGAACCAACUAAAAGCCGCAGCCAUUAGAACAAAGAAAAUAUACUCCUUUUUUUUCUCAAAAGAGUAACAUUGUUAAGUCCCACCCAAAUUUUAAUACCAAGGUAUGGUAUUCAGUUUUAAAUGUACAACUACUCUUUUGCCGACGGGCGCCGUCAUGUGACAACUUUGACAAGUUGCUAGGCAACAUGCACGAAGAACAUCACUCGCUCAUAAAGUCAUCACUAUAGCUUUCAAAGUUGUUUUACUAUGGGCUGUUGACAUUUGCAUUUUUAUAUUAUGAGCUAGUAUUGU